AUGGCUUUGUUGCAAACCCUAAACAAGCCGCAGUCAUCAACAUCCAAGGAACUUCGUUUACCAGAUUUUGAUCCUGACAAGCAGGAUGUUGAUGCACGGGCCUGGAUAUCUACUGCGGAUUUGUGUAUUGACGACUCACAGUGCCAAGGAUCAGCUCUAAUGAUUGCCUUGAGCCGCGCACUCAAGAAUCGUGCUUCAACCUGGCUCUCUAGGGUGGCCUAUCCUGGAAUGAACUGGAGUGAAUUUAAAGAGCUGUUUAUAGCAAGGUACGAUAGCUCUGAGACUAGUGCUGCUUAUCUCAUAGACCUUAACUCUAAAAAGCCAGAUGAUAAGGAAUGCUUAGCUGCUUACGCUUCAAGCUUAAUGUCAUCUAUUAUGUCAAGAUGGAAAGGGUUAACUACGGAGCAGAUAGCUAUCGCUACAGUGUUAGCUCACAUUUCUCGCUACGAGCCACGUGUUCAACGCCUGUCAUUUACAACUGACAUUAAGACCCGAAGUCAAUUGCAGCAAGAGCUUAAAGCGGUAUCAUUUCUGAAGAGAAAAGCUCCAUCAAGCAGUACAUAUGAUGAAUCAGACGCCAAGAAGACUCGUAUGGGAAGUGCUCCAGCAAACAUCAAGUGCUUCUACUGUGGCAAGCUUGGCCAUAGGUCUCCACAAUGCUUUUUAAAAAGGGAAGCUAAUCAUCAGGAUAACCGAACGAAGACCGAAGCUACCUCCAAGGAUCAGGCAGCUGAGAAACCUGUCACCUGCUACAUCUGCCGGAGGCAGGGCCACAUCGCAUACAACUGUCCGAAGAGGAACAAUCAAGAUGGAAGUAGCGGUGAAACCAGCAGCUCGAAGCAAAAACGCGUCGAUUUCUGCGUUGUGAAAGCCCCUACAGGACUUCUACGUCACAACGAUACGGCUAGCUCACACGAGGACGUGUGAUAUGUCAAGAUGGCCGUGUCGCAGAGUGACGACAGUGGCGCCGCAGGUGAUAGCUAUAAGAAACUUUUAAUUACGUCGGCGCCGUAGUUUACUUAUUAUGCAACUUGUAACGCCAUCUAUUGAAAAUUGACAGAAACGAUUGAUGUUGUCUAGUGUUUACCGAUUUUGUUCAUUUGUAACGCCAUCUAUUGGCAAUUGCUGGAAACGUCAAGUAUCUUGCUUGGGUGCGGUCGGCGCAGAACUAGUAACGGUUAACCGGUAACUAAGCAGGUAAACAAAGUGACGGUUAUGAACCUGACUUGGCGGGGAAAAGGAAACUGGCCGCCAUUCUGAAUCGUGCCUCGAAUCGUGACGGAUGUCAGUACUAGUUCUGCGACGAACACACCACGUUUCCGACUGCAAUUAAUUUAAAUCGAUGUGUAUCGGAGUGAUCGUCUAAGUUUUUGCUGAUUUAGUGAUUGUGAUUUAAAAAUACACUUUGGAACUACA